GCCUCGGACGUUGGUGAAGUUUAAAUAGUCAACAAGCUGAAACAAGUUCCCUCCAUGUUCAGAAGCGCCUCACCUGCCUUGCGUGAACUCGUAUUUCUACAGCAAAUGUGAAUCUACUCAGAGGGUUAGAGGAAGGAGAGAUAUGUUGAAUGUCGGAGGUGUAAACAGACAUGGAAACCUGCCUUCUGUCAGCGCUGGACAGACCCGCGGCGGAUCUGACGGUCAUGGAUGUGUACGACAUAGCGGUGGUACUGGGACAGGAGUUUGAGAGGACUAUCGACAGGUAUGGGUGCGAGUCUCUGGUAGGGGUAGUGCCCAAAGUAGUGCGGGUCCUGGAGCUGCUGGAGGCGCUGGUGAGCCGCGGGGCUGGCGGACCGGAGACCGAGGAGCUGCGGAGGGAGCUGGAGAGGUUGCGACAGGAGCGGAGCGACAGAUAUGAGCAGGAGAGGAAACACCAGAAGGUCUGUGAGCUGGAGCUUGUGGAGGAUGUAUGGAGAGGCGAAGUCCAGGACCUGCUCUCUCAAAGCACUCAGCUUCAGGCUGAGAACAAGAGGCUGUUGGUGAGCCUUUCUCUCAAAGAGUCUCCUGUCACAGAGGAAGACCUGCAGAAACAGAAGGGAAUGUCAGAAAAAGAAAGACAGGUGAUGAGGAAGCUGGAAGACUUGGUGGAUAGGCAGAGGGAUGAAAUCCGGGCUAAAAACCAUGAGCUAAAACUAAGAAAUGAGGAUGUUGAGGCGCUCCAGAUGCAGCAGCAUCGGCUGAUAAGGAUCAACCAGGACCUUCGUCACAGGCAAGGACUGAUGGAAGCCCAGGGCAGGGCACUGAUCCAGCAGAGGGCUGAGCUCGAGGCUGCAGCCCUGGCACAGCAACAGGAAGCAGGGGCUCUGCAGCUGGAGGUCACAAGGCUGAGGAAGGAGCUCCGGGACUGGGAAGUGGAGAGGGAGAUCGCUGAGAAAGGAGAGUCCUCUCUUACAAGAUCUGGGAUCUUGUCACAUGCAUCACCACAGAUGAAGUCCUCAGACGCAGCGCCAUCUAACUCCAUCAAACCAAAUUCAGUAUGGGUGGAGUGUGGAGGGGACCCUGGAUUCCUGGCAAAAUGCUUUGAGCGCAGCAAGAGUCCUUCCCUUCUCCCAAGGUCAUCUAACAGAGAAAAUAACGCGGAAGAGGGUGACCAAGAUGAGGACACGACAGCUUUGUUACUGAAGGCGCCAACUGAUACAGAGCAAGAGGAGGAGACAGAUUGUCUCGAGCAGGAUUCAGACAAACCUCGCUUCACUCUGCAGGAGCUGCGGGACGUCCUGCAGGAGAGGAAUGAACUCAAGGCCCAAGUGUUCGUGCUGCAGGAAGAGUUGGCAUAUUACAAAAGUGAUGAGACUGAGGAUGACGUCGGCUCCAUUAUUUGUACUUCAUCUCCUCCGCCACACUCCAAUUGCACUGAUCAGCCUGAAUCAGGAAUUAGGCGCUUGAUCUUCACUGCCAUAAUGCCAAUGGUGGCAGCCGGUUUGAUCGCAGACGAUCCGACGUUGUUGCCCGUCAGAAGACUUGUUCCCUUUGUAUGACCGUGAAUUUAAAUUCUUCUUAUACAAUUGCUCUUAUUUUUUCCCACACCAUGUCAAUACGUUUGUAUCUCUCAACACAGUUUGCCAAAAGACAAACGGUAUUUACAAGAAUUUAAUUUAGUGGCUGCAUUACUUGGUUAUUAUAAACUAAAUCUCUAUAGUGUUUAUAAAGUUUAAACUAUGAUGAAUGAACCACUGCUGUUUUUAGUGGUGUCAACUUUUGCAUUACAUUUACAUUAUAGACAUUACAUUUACAUUAUAGUUAGCUAAAUGGUAACAUUUUAGCUAACUUGGUCAAAUAAACCUAAGUAGUUAAAUGUGAGAAAACUGGUCGAACCUGGACAUUUUUGUGUGUAUUUAUGACCUCUCAGGGUUUUGUGGCUUCAUAAACAGUCAACACCUGUUAGCGCUUCACUCUGUAUACUGUAUAACAAUUAAAAAGCUAUGCUUCAUUAUUUUUGAUGCUGCAAAUGCUGCUGUAUUGUCAAAUAACUUAGCAUCCAACAUUGUCACUACAUUGCUUGCUCCUAUCACAGAAAUGGUGUGACUGCACCUCAUAAUGUAUUUGCUCGCCAGUAUGGCAAGUAGUGCCUGUAAUAUGGAGUAUUCCCCAGAGUAGGAAAUGAGUUUUCACAGACACUUUUAAGUUCUUUAGUGGUCUCUGAAUAAUAACAUCGUGUCCAGCUGCCAUAAGACCCAUAAAUGACCAUGUGCCUCUGUUUUCCUCUAAAAUACUAUGAGAUAAUCUGCUUAGUGCCAGCACUAAGUCAUCCUCUAAAUUGUUGAAAAGAGGGUGUUACUUGCAGCACUACAGCCUGUCGCCACACCCUGUGGUAUACACUAGUACAGUCAUACUGGUAAAACACCAGAAGAAAUAUAUUCCAACAAUAAUGAGUACUGUAAAAACAUGCCCUAACUAUCAAUAUGUGCUUGGUUGCAUCUGUAAAAUAAUGCCUGUU